AUGCUUAUAAGUGGACCUUGGCGGCUGACCGUUUGGGCAGACGAAUUCACGGCAGUAUUUAUAGAGCCCUUCCACCCCAUGUUGGCGCAACUCACAAUCAGAGCGAUUCUGCCCUUCUUUCCGAAACCCCGCCCAACCUGCGAGUUCUUUACUUACUUCUUUCUCAUGUGGCCCUUGGAGUACUACAGAAAAUUUUCCGGUAGAGACAGGCUAGCAGCCGUUAAACUGUUCAAGAAUGCUGCCUGUUUCAUUUGCGAAGUUACCGAUAUGUUUGACCCCUCGGAUUUAGAAACUAUGAUUAGCAUGCCCGAAUGGAAACACUACAUGCUCAAAGGAACAUGGCCCUGGGAGGAAGAUGAAUCAGAAGAAGAGGACUCCGACGACUGA